CAUUGGAUGGCCGCGGGUCACGUGACCAGCCGGUUGCACGUGCACGGUGUCCUUAAGAGGGUGUCGGUGCCCGGCGCCAUUUUAGUUCCUUGCAGAGCGAGGUCUGGCAGGGCACAGCUUGAUUGAAGAGGACUGGAAUCCGGAGAUGGGGGACGAGGCGUUGCUCCCAUCCCUUGAGAAGGUUAGCUUGUUUGAAAGACCAAAUGACCUCUCAUCUGGCUUCAGUCCGAGUGUAAGCUCAUUCGGUACUGAUGAAUUUUUGAACAGACAGUGUCAACCAAUGAGUAGUUUCGGUAGAGGAAGGAAUUUUGCAGCCAAAGGUUUUCAAGAAAGAAACAUAGAAGAUGCUAGUAUGCAAAAUAGAGGGUCUAAAGGAUUCUCUGGUGGCUUUGGACAAGGUAAAAGGCUCUUGAUCUGCACAUGCAGAAUUGUCAAACUAAGUUGUUGUUUGCUGUGCUGUACUCCAGGUUUUCAAGGAAGAAAUGCUGCAGAAGGUUCUAGUAUGCAUACAAAAAAUAAAGGGUUUAAAGGAUUUCAUGGUGACUUUGGACAAUGUGAGAAUAGGCAGAGGAACAUGUCUCAGUCUGGAAUUCUUGACUCUACAGGAAAAGGAACAUUUACAGAUGGUGCAGGUUUUCAAGAAAGAAACGUUGUAAAAGGUUUUAGUACACGAAAUAGAGGGUCCAAAGGAUUUCAUGAUAGCUUUGGACAAGGUAUUAAUAAUGGGCGAAGGGUCAUACCUCAGUCUGGAACUCUUGGCUCUAGAGAAAAAGGGACAUUUACAGAGGGUGCAGGUCCGAAGGUGACAUAUGUGCCCCCUCCUCCACCUGAUGAUGAACAAGCCAUCUUUGCACGUUAUGAGACAGGAAUGAAUUUUGACAAGUAUGAUGAAAAUAUCGUUGAAGUGUCAGGACUGGACCCUCCAGCAGCAUUAAUGAGCUUUGCAGAUGCUAACAUAUCCCAUACUUUAACUGUGAACAUUGCUAAAGCUGGAUACUCUAAACCUACUCCGGUGCAGAAGUACAGCAUUCCUAUUGUACUGGCAGGACGGGAUUUAAUGGCAUGUGCCCAGACAGGAUCAGGAAAAACUGCAGCUUUUCUUGUACCAAUUGUGGCCCAAAUGAUGAGAGAUGGUGUAACUGCCAGUAGCUUUAAACAGCAGCAAGAACCAGAAUGUAUCAUUACUGGCCCAACUAGAGAACUAGUAAAUCAGAUCUUCCUAGAAGCAAGGAAAUUUGUGUAUGGAACUUGUAUAAGGCCUGUUGUGGUCUAUGGAGGUACACAAAUAGGCCAUUCAGUUCAUCAGGUUAUGCAAGGCUGUAAUAUACUAUGUGCCACUCCAGGAAGGCUUCUAGACAUCAUUGGAAGAGGAAAGAUUAGUUUGCAUAAUGUGAAAUAUUUGGUGCUAGAUGAAGCAGACCGCAUGCUUGAUAUGGGUUUUGGCUCAGAGAUGAAGAAGCUGAUUUCUUUCCCAGACAUGCCACAAAAAGACAAACGCCAGACACUAAUGUUUAGUGCCACAUUCCCUGAAGAAGUUCAGAGGCUGGCUGGUGAAUUUUUGAAAACUGAUUUUUUAUUUGUUGUUGUUGGACAUGUGGGUGGAGCAUGCAGCGAUGUUCAGCAAAAUAUUCUUCAGGUUUCUCAGUAUCUCAAGAGAGAUAAACUGAUGGAAAUUCUACGCAGCACAGGUAAUGAGCGAACCAUGGUGUUUGUGGACACAAAGAAAAAAGCAGACUUCAUUGCAUGCUUUCUUUGUCAAGAAAAUAUACCAGCCACUAGCAUCCAUGGAGAUAGAGAGCAGAGAGAGAGAGAAAUAGCCCUUCAGGAUUUUCGUUCUGGAAAAUGUCCAGUUCUCGUGGCAACCUCAGUGGCAGCAAGAGGUCUGGACAUCGAAAGCGUUCAGAAUGUUAUUAAUUUUGAUCUUCCUUCCACCAUUGAGGAGUAUGUACACAGAAUUGGACGAACUGGCCGUUGUGGAAAUACAGGGAAAGCAGUUUGCUUCUUUGAUAAUGAUUCGGAUGGCCAUCUUGCACAGUCUCUAAUUAAAGUGCUUUCAGACGCCCAGCAGGAAGUUCCUCUUUGGUUGACAGAAGUUGCUUUUGAGUCUGAAAGAGGAAGACUCUCAGUUAAUGUCCGAAAGCAUUUCGUGCCUGUAGUUACUGAGAAGGAAAUGUUCAGCACUUUGAUUUGGAUGUUUGUCCUGCUCUACAGCUCUGUAGCAGAUGAAAACUCUAUCAGAGAUGCUGACAUUUUUCCUUCAUCUGCUGAAAUUAAAAGAGGAUCCUCCCUGAAACGAUUUUGUAUUCUUGGAAAACACCACAUGCCUCACAGAAAUGCAAGCCACAUCAUCUGGAAAUUGAAUGAUGAAUUGAUUGCUCCAGAGAAUUAUAACAUUGUGAAUGAGACUGUAUCUAGUAUAACCAUCCCUAAUUUCACCUACAGCACAGCUUAUCUGGAAUGUUUCAUGAAGUACUUGGACAAGGAACAGCUUCUGGUUCACAAAGAAUUUAAAUCUGGCUUUCCUCCAGACACUCCGGAAAAUAUUUCCUGCAUUUAUUACUUUGAUGAUAACCUUACCUGUACCUGGAAUUCAGGAAGAAAAACAAGUUUUACAAGAAACUAUACUCUUUACCGAAAACUGGUGACUAAUCCAAAUACUAUAGUCAGCUCCUGCCAGAGUAAAACAGAGUCAUGUUCAUUUCUAUAUCCAGAUACUCCGUAUAGUAGUGCUUUUUGUUUUCAGGUGAAAGCUGAAAAUGUUUUGGGUGAAGCCUUAUCGAAGUGUGUUCCUAUAGCUAUGGGAAAAAUAGAGAAAUUUGACCCUCCUGAAAUACUUUUAGUUAAAACAAUCAGCGGUAUAAAGCAGUUACUUACAGUAACCUGGAAAAUGCCUGAGAAGAUUGUCCCUUCACAAGAUUUAACUUGCCAGGUUCAAUACAGAAACUUGUAUUCAAACUCUACAAAAUAUGUCACUGUCCCACUGAAUUCUGCAGAGAAAACAGGAUCAUGUAAUCUCACAGGUCUGUGGGACUCCACAGAAUAUUCUGUUGCUGUUCGGUGUAUCAGUAAUGAAUCAAUAUUUUGGAGUGAAUGGAGUGGAGAGAAAAGUGGAAGCACGAAAGAGAAAGCUCCUUUAGAAAAAGUGGAUUUGUGGAGGGUAAUUGAGUCUUCACACUCACCUGGAAGUAGAUUCGUACAUCUUAUGUGGAAGCCAUUAAAUAGCUUUCCACCUUCUGGGAGAAUUCUAGGCUACAAAAUACAGUAUUUUCCAGAAAACAAGACUGAACUUAAAAUGAUAAACAACUCUACUGACAAGAAAAUCACUUUACUUUUAAAUGAAGAGGCACAUAUAGUAUCUGUUACUGCCUAUAACUCUGCUGGAAAUUCUCCUGAAGCUAUUUUGAGGAUUCCAUCCACAGAUGAAAAAACUGCUCAGAUUAAUGGAACAGCGAGGACCUUACCAUCAAAUGAAGAAGUGGUUGUGGAAUGGGUAGUCUCUAAACCAGAAGCAACAGAAUAUGUAGUUGAGUGGUUUGAGGACUUGGAGAUGGAUCCUUUUAGUAGAUCGUGGCAAUAUGUGUCGAAUUCUACAAACUGGAAAACUAACAAAAAAAACUUUAAACCAUUUGUAUGCUAUAAUAUCUCGGUGUAUCCUCUUUAUGGAAAUAAAGUAGCAGCUCCAUAUACCGUACAAACUUAUGUUCAACAAAAAAAACCAUCAGAAGGACCUGUGGCUGACACAGGCAUUCCAGGAAAAAAUGAAGUUACAAUAAAAUGGAAUAAGAUUUCAAAGGAUAAAAGAAAUGGAUUUAUCACUAACUAUACAAUAUUUUAUAAACCUGAAGAUGGAAAAGAAUUGAAUGAAACAGUGAACUCUAAUGCUCGACAAUACAGACUGAAGUCCUUACAGGCUAAUACACAGUAUACUGUCUAUAUCAUGGCAAGCAAUGAAGCUGGUGGAACCACCGGGGAGCCAAAGACCUUUAAAACUUUGAAACUGGAUAAAGAAGAUGUUAUUUUAAUUGCUCUACUUGUUGGAAUAAGCGUGUUCUGUCUGUUAGGCCUUUGGGUAACAUGCAUUUUGAAAAAACAUGUGUUUAAGAAGGUUUGCUGGCCUGAUAUACCAAAUCCUGCAGAGAGCAUUGCAGUGGAAUGGCCUCUUGCUGCAUCUAUGAAUAAUUCACUUUUGAAGAAGUUGGCAUCUGAGGCUAAAACUGUAGACUUUGAAGACAUAAGUGUUUUGGAACAUUGUUUUCCUGAAGAAAACCAUGUUUCUGAAUGUAUUGAUAUUAAUGCAGAAGACAUGAUCAAUGGAGAUAAAAAGAUACUGCAUAAACAAGAAAAUGAUGUUGCUAAAUGUUUUUUGCCAUCCAUGUCUUAUGUGAUCACUGAUCAAUUUACCAGAAGCCAAAUGAAGUCAACUUUGAUACUAGUGAAGGAAAUCCAACCCAUGGAAAUGCUGGCAAAUGAUUUGUGUGGAUCCCAACAGAAUUCAAUCAAAAAUGAAGAAAAUGAUGAAGUUUUAAAGGUGGAAGAUUUCAAUGAAAAAACACUGUUCAAUCCAUACCUUAAAAAUUCUGUUAAAACAAGGGAAUUUCUUAUUUCUGAGAGCUUGCCAGAGCACAAUAUGGAUGAAUGCAAAAGCCAGUCAAGUGUCUUACCUCCUUUUCAACAAAAUGUUGCAGGACAACCCUACAUAACACUGGACAUGUUCGAGCCAGCCACUGCUCAGUAGCGUGGGAAGAUUUUCUGUUGUAAAAUCCCCCUGUGAAAAAACUCUUGGCACUGCUGCUCAUGUCCAUUCCUGUGUUUUAACCUGUCUGUUCUCAGUUAAUUUGGAUGGAAACACCCUCUUCCUUCAAACAGCUGUGAAGUUAUACUUUGUACCGUGUUUAUACAUGUCAGGGUUCACUUUUUGGGUUUUUUUGUUUUGUUUUGUUUUGGUUUUGGGUGUUUUAGGGGGGGUUGUUUUGUUUGUGCGUUUUUACCAGAUAUGCCAGUACUGAGGCAAAGGAAAUAACUUUUGUUAUUUCUUCUUAGUUCUCCCAUAAUCAGCCUGCUAAAACAAACUUGUAUUUGCUGCAAGAGGAUCCAGUAAUGCAAACAGCUCAUUGAUUUGCCCCCCAGGCGGCCAGUUCCCAAGGCUCAACUCUACUGGUGAAACAUGGACUGACUUGAAUAGAGCCAGAAUCUGACGAAUUCUUACUUCAGUUACAUGAAAUAAAACUACCGUCCUGUUCUUA